AUGCGUCGCAUUGUCUCUCUUCCACUUGCAGUGCUCGGAUUUCUGCUUUACCAUGCAUUUCUUCUCAAAUGGUCGAAACAGAGUCCGGAGACUUUCCGGCAGCGAGCUGCGACUAACUCCCAAGGUGAACUCGGGGAUACUCAUAAUUCCACUCUUGGCUUCGAGAAAAUAUUUGCUAUUGGGUUCAGCGACCGUACAGAUAAGCGUGACGCGAUGACCAUGGGUGCUUCCUUCGUGGGCAUAGAUCUUGACUGGGUCGAGGGAGUUACGUUAGACUCAAUCCCAGAGAAAGCAUACCCUGCUACAUGGGAAAUAGAGCGCGAGAAGCCUGUUGAGCUGGGAUGCUGGCGGGCUCAUAUGGACGCCCUGCAGCAAAUUGUCGCGGAUAAAAUUAGUAGCGCACUUAUUCUAGAAGACGACGCCGACUGGGAUGUAACUCUGAAAGCCCAGAUGCUUGAGUUUGCCCGCGGCACAAGGGCAGUCCAACGGGAUAAGUGGACUCGGGGCGGGCGAAAAAGCCCUUCAAACCCACCAGGAACACCUUCACCCUAUGGCGAUGACUGGGAUAUGUUGUGGCUUGGGUUCUGUGGAAUAGAAUCUCGAGAAGACGAGCGUCUCUUCUAUAUCAUACCCGAUGACCCAACUGCACCACCCGUCUCUCGUCGCUCAGAUUUCAAACAUCCAGGACUAGUCGACCAAAGCCAAUUGCAACAAGCUCGUAUUGUUUUCGACGCCGUUGGUGGAGUUUGUACGGCAGGAUAUGCGGUGACAUACGACGGCGCACGCAAGAUUCUCGCUCAGCUCUCCAUGUCUCCCUUGAAUGAUCCUGUCGAUGUGGCGUAUGGGGCAAUGUGUGACUACACAGGCCCAGGCGACAACUUCCGCUGUCUAGCACCUUAUCCCCCGCUGAUCGGGACCUGGAGACAGACUGGAUCCAGCGAGCGCGAUUCGGACAUUUAUUACACAGGGGAUGACUGGCACGAGGCGUACUCCGAAGACCUCGUGUACAGUACCAUGCUGAAUGCGCAGCGCUUGGCAAACGGCGAGAAAACGUGUCUGACGCAGUGGGAGGAGGCAGAGUAUUUGGAAAUCGAUCCCACGGACUUUGUGUCCCCUCGAGGCUUCCUAUAUGAACGACCCGUGCCAGAAGCAAGACCGACGGUAUCACAGCCUGAGCCUUCAUUCAACUCUCCUGAAAUCAUUAACCCCCCGAAUUCUCCGACCUCAUCGUCCUUUCCUUCUCCUAGCAUUCAAGCCCACGGCUACAUGAGCCAUGAUGCAUUAGAAUAA